AUGUCGGGGGCCAAAUGCACCCGUCUGAGCGGGACGCUCAUCAAGCAAGUGCUGGACUCUGUGGACAGCGUGUUGUUUGACUGCGACGGUGUGAUCUGGAGAGGCGACCAGGCUGUUCCCGGGGCUUCAGAAGUCAUCAAUCUCCUCAAGAAACAUGGGAAGAAAGUAUUUUUCGUCACUAACAACAGCAGCAAGACAAGGAAAUUAUAUGCUGACAAAAUGUCCUUGUUGGGCUUCAACGUGACCGAGGAUGACGUGUUUGGGACCGCGUACUGCUGUGCUCUGUACCUCCGGACGGUGUGCCAGCUGCAGGGGAAGGUCUACCUUGUGGGCAGCGAUGCCAUGAAGCAGGAGCUGGAGGCAGUGGGGAUCCAACAGACGGGGGUAGGACCCGACCCCAUCAGCGGGAAACACGCAGAUUGGGCAAACGUGCCCUUAGAUCCGGAGGUGAAGGCGGUGGUGGUCGGGUUUGAUGAGCAUUUCAGCUACAUGAAGAUGAACAGGGCCAUGCAGUAUCUUAACCAAGGAUGUCUAUUUGUGGGAACCAACAGGGACUCUCGGUUACCCCUAGAAGGAGGCAAGGCUGUGCCAGGUACUGGGUGUAUACUGCAAGCUGUGGAGGCUGCAGCCCAACGUGAGGCCCAAACUGUGGGAAAACCGAACCGGUUCAUGUUCGAGUGUGUUGCCUCCCAGUUUGGUGUGGAGCAGGAGCGCUGCCUGAUGGUUGGAGACCGCCUGGACACGGACAUCCUCUUGGGCUCCAACUGUGGCCUGAAGACUCUACUCGCACUCACAGGGGUCAACACUGUGGCAGAUGCGCUGGAACACCAAAGGAGUGGCUGUCCGAAGAGACAGGGCAUGGUCCCUGACUAUUAUGUGGAGAGCAUUGCAGACUUGCUGCCUGCUUUGAGGGAAUGA